AACAGACCGAUCAGAACAGCUCCAAGUAGCACUUAUCAAUGUUUAAAUAUGGCAUUUAGAUGUGAUUGAGAUAACAAAAAUGAUAGCGACAGUAGUUCUAUUGUUUCUGACCUGUUUGUUUCCAGUAGAAGGAAAUUCCGUGCUAAAUGUUACGAGUAUUAGACUACAAGGAGGCACAGGGACAUAUGAUGGACGUGUGGAAGUAAAUGUGAAUGGUGUUUGGGGAACAAUUUGUCACAAUUCGUUUGAUAUGAGUGAUGCUAAAGUGUUGUGUAGAAUGAUGGGACUAUCAGCGACAACGUUUUUUACCUAUGCACAUUUCGGACAAGGUAUCGGUCCAAUAUUUGCAGAAAGACUCGACUGUUCUGGGUCUGAACCGCACGUAAACAAAUGUUCCUUUGUUCCAAAUGUUUAUUGCACACAUAGUUUUGAUGUUGGAAUUAUGUGCACAGGCUGUGGAGAGAUUGAUGUUACCAAUGGGAAGGUAGAAUCCAUAUCUUCAAACGGAACAGUGUCCCUAUCUUGCAAUGAUGGUUAUUUUUCAAACAAAAACACGUCUACAUGCUUAAGCAGCGGGAAAUGGUCUGUGCCUAAGAUAGCUUGCUCACCACCAGAAAAACGUCUUAUAGGUUACCCUUUAAACAUAUCUGAUAUACGGUUAGCAAAUGGUUUAGGUUUCCAUGAUGGGCGUGUAGAGGUUCUUGUUAAUGGUGUAUGGGGAACAAUAUGUGGCAACUCAUUUUCAUUUUCUGAAGCAGAAGUAAUAUGCAAUCUACUCGGUUUUGAGUAUCGAGUCUAG